AUGAGAUACGAACAGGAUGCCUUGGAGAUGGAGAGCCGGCAUGCACCUCGGUUAACUGGCUGUGGAGAGGCUGGCGUGUCAGAUGAAGAUUUGUCACCAUGCACCCAAUCGCAGGACCCCGAAGCGCCACCCCUGGUGCCAGAGGCCUGCCAGUCUCCAGAUACACCUGCGUCACACCUGCUCUCUGAACCAGGCACCAGCGCAUAUAUCAGCAUCUCGGGGGGUUCCGCUCUCCUGCUUGUUCCCCCCUGCAAAUUUUUCCUUCUCGAGCAUACCUUUCCAAAGUUGCUUUUGAAUCUGCUUCUAACCGCCCUCUCAGCCAGUCAAAGUGCAUUCCGCGGAUCGCAGACAAGCAGCUGCCUGAGCCAUCGGCUUGCAGAGUGCGCAACUCCUGAACCAGAAGGGGUCAGUGCAACCAACCCACGUGACAGGCCAGGCCCUUCCUGCCCUGACGUCACGAUCAUGUGCUCCAUCCUCGCUCCAGCGCAAACAACCGGCGGUAGCAGCAGCAGCAAAUGCGCAGGCGCAGGUCGCGUAUUCGCCCAUCACCCGCUGGAGAUGAUCGGCGCCGGUUUCGUGGGCGGCAUUUUACUGGGUUUGAUCAGCCGGGGAGCUCUCGGUAUCUCUCCCGCUGGGGACGGCCUGCUGGGUGGUGCAGCUUUCCGCAGGAGCGACGACCUCUCGCCGUAUAGCCCGGGCCCACCGUUGGCCGCGUGGGACGUGUACCGGGAAUAUGGGCCUUUGCCCCGCAGGGUGCGGGGAGCUGGUGGCCCGCCUGACUGGGACUGCGCCGCCGCCGCCGUGGCCGCCGGCUGGAUGACCUCGGGCCCCUUGCGGCUGGAAUUGAGCGAUAGCUGCCGGCAGCUGCUGCUGGGGUUCGCCCGGAGCGGCUCGGCUCUCAUCUGCUGCGUGGCGAGGAACGCGCGGCCGGUGCGCAUCUGUGAGGAAUGCAUCUUCCAGUUUCGUAAUUUGUGGGAGGCGUUCGCUAAUAUCUCAGAAAGUUCAGGGAACGUCAGUUGUUCAAAGCAACUUUUGAGAUCAGACCGUUUGCAAAUAGUCCUGAACAUGUAUAACUACCUGCAAACAAUUUGGACUGACUCCACGUGUGAUGCCUGUUUAAAUGGUAAUAAAACAGAACCAUCAAUGGACACUGUAAACUUUAUGAAGAUGCUGAAUGAUUCCCUGAGUUGUUUUGACCAUUACUCUUCGAACCGCCCUGAUCAUGGCAACCGUUCUGAUCUUUGCAUUAAAUGUAAAGCUUCUUACAAUAAUUUAACUGACUGGUACAACAAAAUGGCAGAUAAGCAGAACCUGUGUAUAGACAUUGUCGAUGCAAUGAACUUGACGCGGCAGCUGUGGAGCAAAACCUAUAACUGCACUAUGCGCUGCAGUGACACUGUUCCAGUCAUUGCAGUGUCAACAUUUCUUCUUUUCCUACCUGUCAUCUUCUACCUCAGUAGCUUCCUUCACUCUGAGCAGAAGAAAUGGAAGCUUAUAGAGCCUAAACGCUUGAAGCCUUGCAGCAGUGCAGCAUUCAUUGAAGACAGAUCUUCCUGAACUUCCGCCAAUAUAUUUUUAAAAAAUGACCAGGAUCAUCAUGUGGUGCAGAGAUCAAAAGAUGAGGAAAUGAUCUAGCAUUAAGAAUAUGAUUUUUGCACAAUGCAUCUUUACACCUUGUAAUUUAAACACCUACCAGUGUUUAAGAAAUUGUCUACUGAAAAUUUGCACAAAGGAAAUAUGUUCAGAUCAUUUUUUAUGUUUGUACUUGGAUCCUGUCUAUACAAGAUAGUAUUUAUGCAAGUGAGCAGCUUCAGGUUGAAUUCAAGCCAGAUCAAGACUGCUGAAACUAUUCACUUUUCUAGCUCAUUAUUGGCAAUUUUUGUCUCUGCCAGAGAUUUAAUUCUGCUAUUAAGGAAAAAAAAUCACGCUUGAAUCUGGUUUUGUUGAACUGCCCCAAGUUUGGGUAGAUCCCAACUUCUUCAGAUUUAAUAUUCAGCUCUAAGGUUUACAUGUUAAGAUAAAAAGUGACUGCAUUGCUUUUGAAACUGUAAACUAUUUGGAUUUUUUCUGUUGACUAAUUGGUAACUUAGAAUGGAGCUUUCCAAGUCACAGCUGAAUUAAAGCAUACUGGAUGUUUUCCCAGGAAAGAUGCCUCUUUCCCUGGUUUGAUGCUGCCUUUAUAUUUUAACCCUGCUGAUUUUAAAUGAUGCACUAAUUUUUCAAAAUGUGGUAGUACUGUAGUUGCCUGUGGGAACCUUUUUCUAAUUCAGCAACUAGUUUGCUGAUUUUUUUUAUUUACACAUUGUAAUUUGACAGUGUACAGCAAUCUGGCAUUUAAGGAUGUAAAUAACGUGGUAAAGGUAGAUUCAGAAAAUUUCUUUCAGUGGAAAUUCAUACAGGUUAAGAGCACAUUUCGCAUUUGCAACAAGUUAUCCUUCACACGCACUGAUAAAUCUAUGCCAUGGAUAUCCAGGUAGUGAUCUCGUAAAAGAAAAUCCCUGAGGUAUUUCAAGAAACAUUUGAAUGCUGUGAUUGUGGAGUUUGGAGGAUUUCUAUGGAAGACAUAGUGUAGAUCUUUCAAUCGGUUUGCCUCAUCUAUUUACUUUGUAUUCUUGCAAUAAGUGCUUGUCUGAAAAUUAUAUUAAAGUUGUAAAAUAGAUCUAUUGUGAGCUUACAUUGAGGACCCAUUAAGUUUUUGUUUGUUUACUAUAUUUGUGGUUUUUGGAUCACUUUUUUUGGCGAGAAUGAAGCAUUCCAUUGACUUAUGUUCACCUAAUGACUAGUUGGUGUGUCAUUUUCUUCCCUGAUAUUUAAGUAACCCUCAUCAUGUAACUUUUUGUUCUUUUGGUUAAAGCUUAUGGAUUGAAGCAACCAAAAUAUGUUACACUUUCGAUUAAAUCAUUUGGGUAAUAUCA